AUGCCGUCGAGUUCCAGUGCGCCAAAGGCCCAUGGUAAGGGUAAAAAGGAUCUAGAUGCUUUGUGGGUUAAGCAUUCCUUUGCUUGGACAUCAAGAUUCUCAUGGCUCUUUGCGGUGGAAGAGGACGGCAAAGUGAAGUCACUAGGGUGCAGCAUUUGUUGCAAUGCGCCUGAAAACCAACGUGACAAGAACGGCUUUGCAGACGGCUGCAUCCAGACUGCCCAGACAUCUGUUUUCCAAAAACACGAGAAGUCGGCGGCUCAUGUUGCCAGAUCUGAAGGCUUCAAGUCCAGCGGCGUUCCCAUUGCAGCCCCAUCAGCCCAGCUUUUUGCAGAGUGUUUGGAAUCUGUCUGGCGGGGCACAGCUGAGUUGAAGAGUGUUGGGCCUUGGAAGUGCCGUGUCAUGGUCUGGUGCUUGGCAGAGGCUCAUCGGCUUGCUCUCAGACAGUCUUUGCGUGAUUCUACAUCGUUAUCGUUGAUGCAAGAUGUGCGGGAUGGCCAGCUCCUUGUGUCUUUCGUGUCAGUGGACACCAACCUCAAGGUGACUAAUGGCCACUUGGGGCAAUGCAAUCUGCAUGAUUUUGGUCUGACAGCCAAAGACAUUGCGCAAGCAAGUGUGUACAUUCUGCACAAGUUUGCAACAGCAGGCUUGGGGAUGCCAGUGCGUGACGGAAGUGCAGAUAACGCUAUCCUGGAUCAUGACCUUGUUCAGCACGUUAAAAGCACUGUUGAAUGCUUCGGCGCUGACGGCGCUGCAGAUGAACAGAGAGCAGGUCAGUUACUGAAGGGGUGGUUUCCAGCACUGAAAUUGGUGCAGUUCGACAAAGCCCACGCAUGUCAGAGGCUGCUAUCUCGAACUUUUCCUGCGGACCCCUACAUCAACAAGUUGGUCCAAGAUCUAGUUCUGGUUCCUCAGGCGAUCACCCAGAAGAUCCGCUACUCGGGGGUGUUUCGGAAACGCUUUCAGGAGGCUGUUGCUGAGUUGUCUGGCCCGCUUGCCAGGCGCAUUCGCGAUUUAGCUUGCGCCAAGCACCGGUUCUUGAGCGCUGCUCAGCCGUUUAGAAGAUCUGUGCUUUACUUUCAGCCUUUGCUGCGGGUAGCCCAAUGGAUUGUUCAACAAAGAGGCAAAGGUUCAGAGGAAGGCCAGAUAGCCAGACAAUGGCUGAAAUCUGUAACGGCCGAAUCUGCUUUUCAAUUGGCGCUGGUGGCAGACUCAACGGAUGAGACUAUGGCAGUCAAUAGGUAUUUUGACCAGGAUACUUAUUCCAAAGCAGACCUGACAGUGCAAUUGCACAAAUUUCUGCAGAAGUGCAGCUGGCUUUUUGGCCCGCAAAGAGGGGCCAUGCAGACGGGAUACACUUCGUUGAUGAUGAAGACAUUGGAGAAGCCGUGCAACAUUCUUAUUGAUGGAACAGUCACUAGUGUUAGGGCUCCUUCCAAUGAAGUCAUCGACAGGUGUUUCCAGAGGAUGCAAAACUGGCUUGAACUUGUGCGGAUGACCGUUCGUGCCGAGAUGCCCCACUUUGAAUCGGUUCAGUUGUUCCGGGUCUUUUCCCUGGACAUGAGCCCCAACAUGAAAGAUCUAGAGUGUUUGGCAAACAUGAUUGAGCUUGACCCAGACGGCUUGCGCACAGAGUUUCUGGAUCUGAGACCAUCUGCUGAGUGGCACUUUGCCAAUGGGAGCAAGUCAUCCGAAGACGCCUGGCGUGCUUCUCACUUGAAGAACAGGACAACGGCCUCUCCCAAACACAAUUUGGAAGCUGCCUUGACCAGGCUUUUCUCGUGGCAAAUCAACACCUGUGGUAUCGAGCGAGCCUUUGCUAAGGGCCUGGUGCAAGCCAGAAAGAGGGGCGAUGUGUCCGAACAUCGGCUUGAUGACGAAGUGCAGCUGCUGUCCUUGAACAAAGGCAAGGGCAAACUUGCUGCUCUCCGAAGCACAGUGAUCUGA